AUACUAUAGACACUUGGCACCUGAUCACCUGCUUCAAAUAUGCCAUCGACUAGGACCACUUCUAGAGCAAGAAAUUCCCCAAAGUGUCCCUGGAGUGCAGACAUUAUUAGGAGCUGGCAGACAGUCUUUGCUUCGUACAAACAAAAGUUGCAAACAUGUUGUGUGGAAAGGAUCGGCUCUUGCUGCGUUACAUUGUGGAAGGCCUCCGGAGUCACCUGUCAAUUAUGGCAGUCCACCUAGUAUAGUGGAUACCCUGUUUUCAAGGAAACUAAAUGGGAAGUACAGACUUGAACGCCUUGUUCCAACUGCAGUCUAUCAGCAUAUGAAGAUGCACAAACGAAUUUUAGGACAUUUAUCUUCUGUAUAUUGUGUAACCUUUGAUCGGACUGGCAGGCGUAUAUUUACUGGUUCAGAUGAUUGCCUUGUAAAAAUCUGGGCAACAGAUGAUGGGCGGUUGCUGGCUACGCUGAGAGGGCACGCGGCGGAAAUAUCUGAUAUGGCAGUGAACUACGAAAACACCAUGAUAGCUGCCGGGAGCUGUGAUAAAAUGAUCCGAGUUUGGUGCCUUCGGACAUGUGCCCCCUUAGCAGUUCUGCAGGGCCACAGUGCAUCUAUAACAUCAUUGCAGUUCUCUCCACUGUGCAGUGGCUCAAAGAGAUAUUUAUCUUCAACUGGGGCAGAUGGAACAAUAUGCUUUUGGCUGUGGGAUGCUGGCACCCUUAAAAUAAACCCAAGGCCAACAAAGUUUACAGAACGUCCUCGGCCUGGAGUCCAAAUGAUCUGUUCUUCUUUUAGUGCUGGUGGAAUGUUUUUGGCCACUGGGAGUACAGAUCACAUCAUUAGGGUUUAUUUCUUUGGAUCAGGUCAGCCAGAGAAGAUAUCAGAGUUGGAGUUUCAUACUGACAAAGUUGACAGCAUUCAGUUUUCUAAUAGUAGCAGCAGAUUUGUGAGUGGAAGCCGUGACGGAACAGCGAGGAUCUGGCAGUUUAAGCGAAGGGAGUGGAAAAGCAUUUUGCUAGAUAUGGCUACUCGCCCAGCAGGACAAAGUGUACAGGGAGUUGAAGAUAAAAUUACAAAACUGAAAGUGACCAUGGUGGCCUGGGACCGCCAUGACAACUCCGUUAUAACUGCAGUAAACAACAUGACUCUGAAAGUGUGGAAUUCUUUCACUGGCCAGCUCAUUCAUAUUCUCAUGGGACAUGAAGAUGAAGUGUUUGUACUUGAACCUCAUCCGUUUGAUCCAAGAGUUCUCUUCUCUGCUGGACAUGAUGGGAAUGUCAUAGUUUGGGAUUUGGCAAGAGGAGUCAAAAUCCGGUCUUACUUCAACAUGAUUGAAGGACAAGGACACGGUGCGGUUUUUGACUGCAAGUGCUCUCCUGAUGGACAGCAUUUUGCAUGUACCGAUUCUCACGGUCACCUUCUGAUUUUUGGCUUUGGUUCCAGUAGCAAAUAUGACAAGAUAGCAGAUCAGAUGUUCUUUCAUAGUGAUUAUCGGCCCCUUAUCCGUGAUGCCAACAAUUUUGUCCUGGAUGAGCAGACACAGCAGGCUCCACACCUGAUGCCUCCCCCAUUUUUGGUUGAUGUGGAUGGCAACCCUCAUCCUGCAAGGUACCAAAGACUAGUUCCUGGUCGAGAGAACUGCAGGGAGGAGCAGCUUAUUCCUCAGAUGGGAGUGACAUCUUCAGGAUUGAAUCAAGUUCUUAGUCAACAAGCAAAUCAAGAAGUUAGUCCAUUGGAUAGCAUGAUUCAAAGACUUCAGCAAGAACAGGAUCAGAGACGUUCUGGGGAGGCAGGAACUAGCAGUACCAGCCGGAUAAGCAGAGGCUCUAUAAGCUCUACCUCAGAAGUGCACUCACCACCAAAUAUCGGGCUGCGGCGCAGCGGGCAGAUUGAAGGUGUGCGCCAGAUGCACAGCAACGCGCCGAGAAGUGAAAUCGCCACGGAGCGGGACCUGGUGGCCUGGAGUCGAAGGGUUGUCGUGCCUGAGCUUUCUUCUGGAGUAGCUAGUAGGCAAGAAGAAUGGCGAACAGCAAAGGGAGAAGAAGAAAUAAGGGUUUAUCGGUCAGAAGAGAAGAGGAAGCAUGUAAUAAGUCACGUUCAAAGAGAAAACAAAAUACCUACUUUCUCUAAGAACCAUUCGCAUGAUCAUUUGCUAGAUACUAGUGAAUCAAAAAAGCAGCAAGCCAACCAGCACAACUAUCGCACCAGAUACGCAGCAGAAGAACCUGCGAGGCCUGCGGAAGAGUUAGAAAAUGGACACAGUUCCUCAGAUGAAGGAGAAGCAGUUGUUGCCAGUGGUGGAACAUCAGAAGAUGAUGAAAGAGCAUGGCACAGUGAUGGCAGCUCUAGUGACUAUUCUAGUGAUUAUUCUGACUGGACAGCAGAUGCAGGGAUCAACCUGCAACCACCAAAGAAAAUCCCUAAACUCAAAACAAAGAAAGCGGAAAGUAGUUCAGAGGAUGAAGAAGGACCUGAAAAGCAAAAGAAGCAAAUUAAGAAAGAAAGGAAAAAAGGGAAUGAGGAGAAAGAUGGACCAACAACAUCACCAAAGAAGAGGAAACCCAAAGAGAGAAAACAGAAGAGGCUGCCUGUAGGAGUUUUGGCAGAAAAUGGUUUGACACUGGAAGAAUGGCUGCCCUCCGCAUGGAUUACAGAUCCUAUCCCACGGCGAUGCCCAUUUGUACCACAGAUGGGGGAUGAGGUUUACUAUUUCCGACAAGGUCAUGAGGCCUAUGUUGUGAUGGCUAAGAAGAACAAAAUAUAUAGCAUUAACCCCAAGAAACAACCAUGGCAUAAAAUGGAAUUGCGGGAGCAAGAGCUGAUGAAAAUAGUUGGUAUUAAGUAUGAAGUGGGUUUGCCAACUCUCUGCUGUCUUAAACUAGCUUUUCUUGACCCAGACACGGGUAAACUGACUGGAGGAUCGUUCACCAUGAAGUACCACGAUAUGCCUGAUGUUAUAGAUUUUCUAGUCCUGAGACAGCAGUUUGAUGAUGCAAAACAUAGGCGGUGGAAUAUAGGUGAUCGUUUCCGGUCAGUGAUAGAUGAUGCCUGGUGGUUUGGAACAAUUGAAAGCCAGGAACCUCUUCAGCCCGAUUAUCCUGAUAGCUUGUUCCAGUGCUACAAUGUCUGCUGGGACAAUGGGGAUACUGAGAAGAUGAGUCCUUGGGACAUGGAGCUGAUACCAAGUAACGCCGUAUUUCCAGAAGAAUUGGGAACAAGUGUUCCUUUAACAGACGAUGAACGUAGAACGCUGCUCUACAAACCUCUGGAUGGAGAGUGGGGUUCCAGGACCCGAGAUGAAGAGUGCGACAGAAUUAUUGCAGGGAUAAACCAGCUUAUGACUCUAGAUAUUGCAUCUGCAUUUGUUGCACCUGUGGAUCUUCAGGCUUACCCGAUGUAUUGCACUGUGGUGGCCUAUCCCACGGAUCUCAGUACCAUUAAGCAAAGACUGGAAAGCAGAUUUUACAGGCGGCUCUCGUCAUUGAUGUGGGAGGUGCGAUACAUAGAACACAACACGCGCACCUUCAACGAGCCCGGCAGCCCCAUCGUCAAAUCGGCCAAGUUUGUCACGGAUCUGCUGCUGCACUUCAUCAAAGACCAGAGUUGCUACGAUAUAAUCCCGUUAUACAAUGCAAUGAAGAAGAAGGUGCUGUCUGACUCGGAUGAGGAAGAAGAGAAAGAUACAAAUGUGCCAGGGACUUCUACUAGAAAAAGAAAGGAUCAUCAGCCGAAGCGGCGGCUGCGCAACAGAGCUCAGUCAUACGACAUUCAGUCAUGGAAGAAGCAGUGCCAGGAGCUGCUGAAUCUCAUUUUUCAGUGUGAAGACUCUGAACCAUUUCGACAACCAGUGGAUCUCCUUGAAUAUCCAGAUUAUAGAGAUAUUAUUGACACGCCAAUGGAUUUUGCUACUGUUAGAGAAACGUUGGAAGCUGGCAACUAUGAGUCACCAAUGGAAUUAUGUAAAGAUGUGCGACUUAUUUUCAGCAAUUCCAAAGCCUACACGCCAAGUAAAAGGUCAAGGAUCUACAGCAUGAGCUUGCGCCUUUCUGCCUUCUUUGAGGAGCAUAUAAGUUCUAUUUUGUCAGAUUAUAAAUCUGCCCUACGUUUUCAUAAAAGAAACACAAUAAAGAAACGAAGGAAGAAAAGAAGUAGAAGCAGCUCCGUUUCGAGUAGUGUUGCAUCCAGCCCUGAGAGGAAGAGAAGAUUAAUAAAACCUCAGCUGAAGGCAGAUAGUUCUGCCCCCUCUUCAUCUUCUGCACCUGUGAGAGCAGCACUGAGACAUGUUCCAGCCCAGAUGAAUGGAAAAGCAGCUGAAGCUUCGUCUCUUGUGCGGACUAGAAGCAACAGGGCAAUAACAGACGUGGCUGUUCCGGAGCAACCAUCUACUUCUGCAGGGGGAAAGCCUGUGGCAAUAAAGCCUUUAAUUGCGAAGCCCAAUACUGCUGCUGGGUCGGGCAAGUCUGUACUAGAGAAUUCAACCAAACAUUCCAAGAACCAGAAUAUUUUACCAAUUCCUACUCAAUCUGAUUAUGGUCAUAACACUAGGAAUAACACCACAAAAGAAAAUCCUGAAAAAGAGAAGCAAAUCAAGCGCAAAGUAAAAUCAUCCACUGUUAUUCAACAAGAGUGCAAGAACAGCGCUUUGGCGUCGGGCAGCGUGCAGGUGAACGGGCACGGAGCGCCACCUGCAAAACCACCAGCUAAACGGGGUCCCGGGCGGAAACCGAAGGUGGAGACCAACUCUAAUAACAGUAGCUGCGAAGUGGUGCACAAGAAGAGAGGCAGAAAACCAAAAAAGCUGCAAGUUGUUGAGCAGAAGGUUGUAGAGCAGAAUACGAUCCAGACCACGAGGAAUCCCCCAGAAGAAGCAUCUGCCUCCACUGCGUGCAAUUCUCUUUCUGAAAAUAAUAUGAAGGAAGACUUGUUACAAAAAAAAGGCCGUGGGGGUAGGAAGCCCAAAAGAAAGAUGAAGACGCAUCAGCCAGGCUCGGACCUUGUAGCUCCUGCAAACGUUAAAAUGCAAACGAGAAGCAGGAGGAAAAAGAUAGAUGAGCCUAUGGAGGAGGGGUCUGAAGAGCUUAAAGAUUCUGAGCCUCACAUGAGAACUAGAAACCAGGGUAGGAGGACAGCCUUUUACAAUGAAGAUGACUCUGAGGAAGAGCAAAGGCAGCUAUUGUUUGAAGACACCUCUUUAACUUUUGGAACAUCUAGUCGAGGCAGAGUCCGAAAGUUGACUGAAAAAGCAAAGGCGAAUUUAAUUGGGUGGUAAUUUGUACCGAGGGUUUUACUCCAGAAUGCUUUGAAGCAGGUACAGUUAAGGAACGAGCAGAACGCAGACUUCUGCUUCCCUGCUGCUAUUAUCGGUUAGAAGAAUGUGUUCUGAUUUGGGGAGAAAAAUCUAGCAAAAAAUAAACUGAAAGAACAUUCUUUGAAAGAAAUAUAUAUUUUAAACUUUUGCUAUUUAUUGCCCUCCAAAUAGGUUAUGCAUUUCAACAGUCAUUUUGUUCAUAGUUGAGAAUAAUCGAAGCAAUUUCUGACUGACUUACAGAAUUGAGAAUUACUCUGCUCUUGAGUAGUGCAUAUUGUCUCUACAUAUUUAA